CACCAGGACGGGGCCAUGCGGGUGCGGUACACCGACGUCGACUACCGGGUCUUCACCGACGCGGCGCGGCUGGUGACCGAGGGGCGGUCGCCCUACCGGCGGGCCACCUACCGCUACACCCCGCUCCUGGCCUGGCUCCUGACGCCCAACGUCUACCUCGCCGAGGUCUUCGGGAAGCUGCUCUUUGUGGCGGGGGACCUGGCAGCUGCUGUCGUCGCCUACCGGGCCCUGCGGCGCCGAGGGGCCGCCGCCGGCCAGGCCUGCGGGUGCUGUGCCGCCGCCUGGCUCCUCAACCCUCUGCCCAUGGCCGUCUCCAGCCGGGGCAACGCGGAGGCCCUGGUUGCGCUGCUGGUCCUCGCCACCCUGUACUUCGUGGAGGGGGGGAGCAUAGGGAAGGCCGCAGUCUGCUACGGGCUGGCUGUGCACAUGAAAAUAUACCCGCUGACCUACGCGCUGCCCAUAGCGCUCCACCUGCAGAGCAAAUGGUGCGGUGGGGAAGGGGCAGUGGAUACGGGGUGUGACAAAAAAGCAAAGUUCACAUUUGUAGGGUACCUCUGGCAGCUUUUUGUAAAGAUGCUGAACCGCGAUGUGCUGCUUUUUGGAACGGUUGCUGGAUCUGUGCUGGCUGCCUUGACUGUUGCAUUUUAUCACCUCUACGGCUGGGACUUUUUGGAGAAUGCCUACCUCUACCACCUGACCAGGAGGGAUAUCCGUCAUAACUUCUCUCCCUAUUUCUACAUGUUGUACUUAACUGCAGAGAGCAAAUGGAGUUUUGCCCUUGGGCUCGCAGCUUUCCUGCCCCAGCUGCUUUUGCUCCUGGUUGUGUCCGUAGCAUUUUACAGAGACCUUGCCUUCUGUUGUUUCCUACACACCGCUAUUUUUGUGAGUUUUAACAAAGUAUGCACAUCCCAGUACUUUGUCUGGUAUCUCUGCCUUUUGCCCCUCAUAAUGCCUAGUGUUAAGAUGUCCCGGUGUCGUGGUGUGCUGCUUCUCUUUCUGUGGUUUGUUGGACAAGGCCUGUGGCUCGCUCCUGCGUACUUUCUGGAGUUCAAAGGAUAUAGCACUUUUUUACUUAUAUGGUUGGCAGGCUUGCUUUUCCUUUUUAUUAAUAGCCUCAUAAUUGUUCAGAUUAUUUCACAUUAUCAAAAAGAAGCACAAGUUGCAAAAAAACUCAAACAGCAGUAAUAAACAGGCCAAAAUCCAGAAAGA